CUUCCCACCAAACACAUGGAGCAAAGUUCAGUCAGAGUCCUCUGUGAUCAGGUGGAGCUGACGGAUGUUUACACCGAGCUGAAGACCGGAGUCCAUCUGAUCCGUCUGCUGGAGCUCAUCUCCAGAGAGACGCUGCCCAAGCCCAGCCGCCGAAAACUGAGAGUCCACUGCCUGGAGAACAACAGCAUCGCCAUCAGCUUCCUCAAGACCAAGAUUCGAGUGGAUCUGAUUGGUCCAGAGAACGUGGUAGACGGAGACCGGACGCUGAUCCUGGGUCUGCUGUGGAUCAUCAUCCUCAGGUUCCAGAUCGGACCCAUCAACCUGGAAGAGGCAGGGGGCGGAGCUAGCGUGGCUCACCGCUCGGCGAAGGAGGCUCUGCUGAUCUGGUGUCAGAGGAAAACGGCGGGUUACGAUGACGUCAACGUUCAGGAUUUCUCGUCCAGCUGGAGGAGCGGACUCGCCUUCAACGCUCUCAUCCAUGCACACAGGCCAGACCUGUUCGACUACCGCCGCCUCCACGUGGACGACCCCCGCCGUAACCUGGAGCACGCCUUCUCCAUGGCGGAGCGUGAGUUCAGCAUCAUGCAGCUGCUGGAGGUGGACGACAUGGUGGUCCCUCACCCCGACGAGAAGUCCAUCAUGACCUACGUGUCCCUGUACUACCACUACUUCUCCAAGAUGAAGCAGGGACAGACGUUCCAGAAGAGGCUCGCCAAGAUUGUGGGGAUGCUGAUGGAGCUAGGCGCCAUGAAGGUCCAGUACGAGAGGAUGGUCUCAGACCUGCUCCACUGGAUCAAAACCAAGGUGGUGCAGCUGAACGACCGACGCUUCCCCAACUCUGUGAAGGAGAUGCAGAAGCUGAUGACGGCGUUCAAGACGUACAGGACGGUGGAGAAACCUCCGAAAUAUCAGGAGCGCGGGGCGAUCGAAGCUCACCUGUUCAAUCUGAAGACUCAGCUCGCCGCCAACAACCAGAGAGCGUAUAAUCCUCCAGAGGGUAAGACCCUGAGUGACGUAGAGAGGAGCUGGGUUCUGCUGGAGAGAGCCGAACACGAGCGAGAGCGAGCCCUGCUGGGGGCGCUGCUCCGCCUGGAGAACCUGGAGCAGCUCGCCCAGAAGUUUGAGAGGAAGGCGGCUCUGAGGGAGGGCUACCUGGAGGACACGCUGCGUCUGAUCCGCAGGCAGGACAUCCGAGGACUCUCCACUCUGGAGGACGCUCAGGCAGCCGGCCGGCGUCUGGAGGCUCUGUCCACCGACGCUCUGGCCAGAGAGCCUCGCUUCGCCGCCCUCAGAGACAUGGCGAAGACCAUCGAGAGAGAGAACUACCACAGCAAGGACCAGAUCAUCCAGAGAGAGGAGAGCAUCAGUCAUCGCUGGAAGGACCUCCUGCAGCAGCUCCAGGACCAGAGGUGGCUGCUGGGUAAUGUAGUUGAGAAUCUCAGCGUCCUCAGAGACGUGGAUCUCGUCUCCCAGGACCUGAAGGAGCUGCAGUCCCAGGCCGGCUCCUCUGAACUGGGCAAACAGCUGACGGAGGUGGAGUCUCUCCUCCAGAAGCAGGACCUCCUGGAGGCUCAGAUCUCAGCUCACGGGGAAACCAUCAGCACCAUCAGCAGCAGAGUGGUGAAGGUGAAGGUGAGAGACGGUCCACAGAUUCAGAGCAGAGUGAGAGCUCUCGACUCGCAGUACAAAUCUCUGGUGUCUCUCAGCAGCAGCAGGCGGAGGCAGCUGGAGGCUCAGCUGCGGUUGUUUGAGUUCUUCCAUGACUGCGUGGAGUUGGAGGCAUGGCUUUACGAGCGCUGGUUGAGGCUUCAGACCGCCGGACUCGGACGAGACCUGACCCACAUCCAGCUGGCCCAACACAAACACAAGGUCCUGGAGGCGGAGCUUCAGGCCCAGGAGACUCUGUACCAGGGGGUUCUGGGUCGAGGCCAGGACCUGCUGUCCAAACAGGACCAGCAGAACCAGAGAGCCAUCCAGAAGUGGAUCCGGACCCUGAAGAAGCAGUGGAGCAACCUGAGUGACGAAGCAACCGGACGCCGGAACAGACUGCAGGCCGCCGCCACCAUCAAACAGUACUUUGCAGACGUAGCAGAGGCCGACUCCUGGCUGGGUGACAGGAAGCCUCUGCUGACCAGCGAGGAUCAUGGGAAGGACGAGUCGAGCACGGCGGCUCUGCUGCAGCGUCACCAGCGUCUGGAGAAGGAGCUGGCGGCCUACGGGUCAGAGGUCAAGAGGCUGUCGGAGCAGGCGAGGAGCGCCGCACAGCUGACGGCUCUGACUGUGGAGCUUCAGCAGAAAACGAUGUUUCAACACAGUGACUCGUCUGAAGAGGAGGAGGGGCCAAAAGCUCCUAAACCCAGCCCCAGAAGUGGGAGGGGCUCUGGAAGCCCCGCCCCUCAGAGCGAGCACAGCAAGGCGAAGGUCCGCUUCAAAUACAGCCGAGGUCAGUUUCAGUGGGACCGUAACGAGGUCGUGACCAUCAUCAGGACCGACCCGGACGAGGACCGAGUCAUGGCGAGAGACGGACGAGGAAACCAGCAGCUCAUCCCCAAAACCUACCUGAGCAUCCUCCCGUCCUCUGCUCCUCCCCCCUCAUCCCCCGCCUCCACCAAUGGCGCUCCAGAGAGUCCGAGCAGGCCGGUGAGUCGUCCGAGGAGAAGGCGCUCUAUGCGUCGCAGCACGACUGAGAUCCAAACAUCAUGGCUGCUGGACUCGCACUACCAGAGAGACACGGUGGAGAGCACGCAGGCCGACCUGGACCGGGACUACAACUCCCUCUACAGCCUGGUUAAGUCGAAGACGAGGAGUCUGGAGGAGAUGCUGCGUCUGCAUCGGUUCUACAACAGCUGUCAGGAGUUUGAGUCGUGGAUGGAGGACAAGGAGAACAUCCUGAACACCUUCAGCACCGACACCGAAAACCUGGGCGUGGUCCAGGCCAAAUACGAGAACUUUCUGACUGAGCUUGUGAGUGGGCGGGACCGACUGGAUUACAUCAUCAAAAUGGGGGAGGAGCUCGUGAGGAGUCGACACAGUAAGCAGAGAGAGAUCCAGGCCCGACAGAGGAAGGUUUCCAACAGGUGGGACCGGAUCCAGCAGCUGAAGGACGAGAAGGGACACGAGCUGCUGAGCACGGCCGACGUCCAGACGUUCCUGCAGAGCUGCGAGGAGGCCAAAGUUCAGCUGCAGGGUCAGCUGGACCGCCUGGACACCGUGGAUGUCGGCUGCAGCUCCUUCACGCUGAGGACUCAGGAGGAGAACCAGACUCAAGCCCUAAGAGACAUCCAGGUCCUGGAGGGCAAGAUCGCCUAUCUGAAGAGCAUCGCAAAGAUGAAGCAGGACUGCAGUCCAGCAGAGAGUGCCGCCAUCCAGGAGGAGGUCCAGGCUCUUGAGGCUCUGCUGCAUCAGCUGAAGCGUCAGGCUGCAGACAGACAGCAGCUCCUGGAGGAGGCUCGUCGUCUGCAGAGCUUCCAGCAGCAGGCCAAGGAGCUGCAGCGCUGGGCGGGCUCCGUGCAGGACCGGCUCCUGCAGGAGGAGACGGCCGCAGACGUGGCCUCGGCCGUCGCUCUGCUGGAGCAGCACCAGGAGCUCCGCCUGGAGAUGGAGGAGCAGAGGAGGAGGCUGAAGGAGAUGGAGAAGCUGGGGAAAUCUCUCCAGCAGGGGUCGACGGGGGCCGUUGACGUCCAGCAAACUCUGGACAAACUGGAUGCUGAUUGGUUCAAGCUCGACAAGAUGUGGAGCAGCAGGAAGGAACACUUGGAGCAGGAGGUGGAGCUCCAGAGGCUGAACCAGGAAGGAGACCGGAUCGAGGCGACGCUGUCCGGACACGAAGCCCGACUCAGAGUCAACGAUGUUGGGGACUCAGUGGACAGCGUUCACAGUCUGCUGGGCCGACAGGACCAGCUGGAGAGUCUCCUGAAAGCUCUGGACCAACGAGUCGAUCAAUUCACCGAGAGGAGUCAGGAGCUCGUCAACAAACAACACUACGCUGCUAAACACAUUAAGGAGCGGAGCAGGAGCAUCCAGAAGGCCAACAAGAAGCUGAAGGAGAGCGGCCGGCAGAGGAGGAGUCAGCUGCUGGCCUCAAAGAAAUAUCAGGAGUUCCAGAGAGACUCAGACGAGCUUCUUCUCUGGAUGGAGGAGAAGUUUAAGGUGGCGGAGGAUGAGUCGUACCGAGAUCCCACCAACAUCCUCAGGAAGCUGAAGAGACACGAGGCGGCCGAGCGGGAGAUGCAGGCGAACCAGGUCCGGUUGGACAGACUGCUGCAGCUCGGGGAGCAGAUGCUCGCUGAGGAGCACUACAACACUCAGAGCAUCCGGAGGAAGUCCACUCAGGUCAGCAGCCGCUGGAGGAGACUUCAGGACAAGAUGGCCGACAGGGGAGACAAGCUGAGACAGGCGGGGCAGCAGGAGCAGCUGAUGGAGCUGCUGCAGGACGCCAAGCUGAAGAUCGAGGCCAUCCAGUGGAUGCUGAACAACGCCGCCAAAGGUCACGACCUCCGCUCCAGCCGACAGCUUCUGAAGGAGCAUCGACAGCUGGAGCAGGAGGCCAAGGAGCUGGCGGAGAAGAUCAACUCCAUCGUCAGCCGAGCCAAACACCUCGCCUCCAACCACUUCGACUCUCAGAGGAUCCUCAAGGAGACGGACACUUACCUCACUCUGUUCAAGUCUCUCCAGAAGCCUCUGGACCGGCGUCGAGCUCAGCUGGAGGCGUCCGUGCUGCUGUUUGGGUUCUACCACGACGUGGACCUGGAGCUCAGCUGGAUCUCUGAACACCUUCCUGCACCCGGGUCAACGGGAUACGACAAGUCUUUAGCCGGAGCCAUCAGCCUCAUGCAGAAACACAAGGAGCUGCAGGCAGAAGUCAACGCUCACCAGAAGUACCAGAACCACGUCCUGGAGAAGGGGCGGGGCCUCGCCAAGUCCCACAAAUCAGACGGAGAUGAAGUUCUCCAGAGGUGCAGUCACCUGUCUGCAGAGUGGGAGGAGCUAGAAGAGGCCUGCAGCAAGAGAGCAGCUCACCUGAGCAAGGCCAUCACCAGAGAGCAGCUGCUGCUGGACUGCUCAGAGCUGGAGUCCAGACUGACCGAGACACUCAGCGUGGUGAACACGGACGACUACGGCAAAGACCAGCCGGCCACGCAGAGUCUCAUCACUAAACACCAGGUGCUGGAGGGUCAGCUGGAGGUCCUGGAGGUGGAGGUGGAGGAUUUGGGAGACCAGGUGGAGGAGGCGGUCCAGAACUGGAGGCUGGAGGAGCUCAGCCGGCCGUACAGUCGCCUCAGCAGCCUGAACCAGCAGCUGCAGCAUCAGGCUGCUCUCAGGGGUCAGAGGUUAAAGGAAGUCCUCCACCUGCACGAGUUCAGACGGGAGUCCUCUGAGCUGGAGGACUGGAUGAACCAGCAGAGGCAGACAGCAGAGUCUCAGGACCUGGGCAACGACUACCUGCAUGUUCAGCUGCUUCGAGGAAAGUUUGAAGGUUUCCUGAAGCAGCUGGAGGUCGGAGAGGACCGACUGCAGAGCUGCAGCGACGUGGCCACUCAGCUGAUCCGCAGCAAACACCCUCAGAGCUCUGCGGUCAGAGAGACGCUGCAGCAGCUCAGUGCAUGCUGGGAGGAUUUGAAGGGUGUGGCCAGGGAGCGUCAGGAUCAGCUGCAGAGAGCAGAGGAGUGUCACCGCUUCUAUCAAGACCUGACCGACGCACUGACGCUCAUCCAGGAGCGACAGAAGAGCAUCCCCGAUGAGGUGGCCAAGGAUCUGCGUGGAGUGACGUCACAGCUGAGGAAGCACGAAGCUCUGCUGCACGAGCUGGCUGCGACUGAGCAACAGUUGCAGGAGCAGUUGGACUCUGUUGACCCCAUCCUGGACCUCUGCACACCCCAGCUGAAGCUCCGCCUACAGGAAGUGCAGCAGGAACUGGUGGAGCGUUGGGAGGAGCUCCGCCUCCAGGCUGAGCGGAGGGAGGAGGAGCUGAAACUGGCGAGCCAGAGAUAUCUGUUCCUGAACACGGCGCAGGAUUACCUCCUGUGGUGCAGCCAGCUGAUUGGCGCCAUGGCUGCUGAGGAGAGCAUCAGCGACGUGGCGACCGCCGACCUCCAGCUGGCGCAGCAUCAGCAGCUGUGGGCCGAGAUGGAGGCCAGGCAGGAGACGUACCAGCAGGUCCUGGACAUGGGGGAGGAGCUGCAGACUCAGGACCGGAGACACAGGAAGGAGGUGCUGGAGAAGCUGGAGGCGCUGCAGGCGGAGCGAAACAGACUGGAGGAGCAGUGGAACCAGAAGCAGAGCUGGUUAGAGACGGUUCACCUGGAGCAGGUCUUCUACAGAGACGUGAACAGCAUGGACAAGACCUCCGGAUCACAAGAGAUCCUGCUGCAGAACAGCUCUCUGGGAGACACCGUGGACGAGACGGAGGGUCUGAUCAAACGCCAUGAUGCCUUUGAGAAGCUGCUCAGCUCGCAGGAGGAGAAGCUGUCCUCUCUGAAGGAUCUGUCCGAGCGGCUGAAGAAGCAGCUGAGCCGAGAGAAGAGCGGCCGCGUGAAAACCAAACUCAAGGCCCUCCUGCAGCGACGAGACAGGAUCAAGGAGCUCUCUGUCAAACGCAGGGAGGAGCUGGAGCUCUCCAAGAUGUUGUGCAUCUUCAAUCGAGACGUUUCAGAGGCCGAGGAGUGGGUGUCUGAGCGGAUGCAGAAGAUGGCGGAGGACGGGAAAGCUGACCUCAGUAACCUGCAGGCCAAGAUGAAGCUCCUGCAGAAGCAUCAGGUGUUUGAGGCCGAGAUCCUCGCUCACGGUCAGAUUAUCGCUUCGGUUCUGCAGGCCGGAGAGAAACUCGUCUCCCUUCGCCACCCGAGGUCCAAAGAGGUGAAGAGGAGCGCAGCAUCCCUGGAGCUCCACUGGGAGGAGCUGAAGAAGGCGCUGGCCAUCCGAGGGAAGGCUCUGGAAGAUAACCGAGACUUCCUGGAGUUCCUGCAGAAAGUGGAGAAGGCGGAGGCAUGGAUCAGGCAGAAGGAGGUGAUGGUGAACGUCGGAGAUCUGGGGAAGGAUUACGAACACGGGAUUCAGCUGCUGAAGAAACUGGGCGAGUUCAGAGGGACGGGCGACGGGGACGUGACGGUGGACGACGCUCACAUCACCGCCAUCAACAGGCUGGCAGCUCGUCUGGAGAAGAGACAGAGCGACGAAGAGCUGGUGACGGUGAGGCAGAGGAGGCAGCAGCUCAACGACAGGUGGAGCAAAUUCCAUGGAGAUCUGAACAGCUACAAGAGGAAGCUGGAGGCGGCGCUGGUGAUCCACGGCCUCAUUCGAGAGCUUGAGGAGGUCAGGGACAGAGCCAAUGAGAAGAUGCUGCUGCUGCAGGGUCAGGACUGUGGAUUUGACGUGGACGGCGUGGAGAACCUGAUCAGACGUCAUGAGGAGACAGAGAGAGAGGCCGGGGUCAUCCAGGAGAGGUCAAAGGCGCUGGAGAAAGACGUCUCAGGACACCUGAGGGAUCGAUCAGCGAUGAACGACAAGCUGAAGAACAAACAGAAGGAGGUCCAAAAAGUCCUGAAGACUCUGGACAAGGAGGUGAAGAACAGGAAGGAGAAGCUGCAGGAGGCUCAUCAGCUGCAGCUCUUCAAAGCCAACCAGCGCCUCCUGCUGGAGUGGAGCGUCAAACAGAGCGGUGAGAUGGCGGAGAAAGGACUCCCCAAGACCCGAGCUGAGGCCGACCGGCUCAUCGUGGAGCACCAAGACUGGAAGACCGAGAUAGACGCCCGUGUCGAGCGCACAGACUCAGUCCGGGACUAUGGUCAGGGUCUGAUCCGAUCCGGUCACGACUCAAAGGCAGAGAUUCAGAGAGCCCUGAACCAGCUGGAGGAAGCCAAAUCUGAGCUGGACCGGGCCUGGCUGAACCGAAGCAAGACCCUGGAGCAGGCUCGAACCCUGCAGGUGUUCCUGGGCUCAGUGGAGCAGUGUGAGAGCUGGCUCAGCAACAAGGAGGCCUUCCUGUCCAACCAGGACCUCGGGAGCUCUGUGACGGAGGUGGAGACUCUGCAGAGGAAGCAGGCCCAGUUCGAGGAGGCUCUGGAGGCUCAGGUGGAUCAGCUGGAGCAGGUGGAGAAACUGGCCCAGAAGAUGAUCCAGCAGAAACACUACGACUCGGACAACAUCCGAGCAAAGAGCAGAGCGCUCAGUACCAGGAGGAGCCAGCUGCAGCAGCAGAGCCGGUCUCGCCACAAAGCUCUGGAUCAGUCCCUGCAGCUGCAACAGUUCUUAUCCAGCAGCUAUCAGGUGUGUGUGUGGCUGAAUGAGCGUAAUGCUGUGGCGUUGGAUGAGAACUGGAGGGAACCAACAAACCUGCAGGCCAAACUGCUGAAACAUCAGAGCUUUGAGGCCGAGAUCCUCGCUAACCGCUACAGAAUCGAUGCACUGACAAAGGAGGGAGAGAAGCUGCUGGAGUCUCGUUCAGCUGAACUGAAGAUCCGACCUCGCCUCAGAGAGCUGACGGACAGCUGGGACGCUCUCAUCAAACACUGCAAGGAGAAGAAAACCAGACUGCAGGAGGCCUACCAGGCGCUGCAGUUCCAGCGCUCCCUGGACGACAUGGAGCAGUGUGUGCGCUCCGUGGAGAGGGAGCUGACCAACGAGGACUUUGGGAGCGACCUGCCGUCCGUCAACAGACUGCUGAAGGCUCUGCAGGGGCUGGAGGAGGAGGUGGACGGACACAGGGAGAGAAUCCAGGCUCUGGUUGAAACAGCAAAUAGCUUUCACUCUCAGGGGAACUUCCUGGCUGAGGAGAUCCAGAUCAGAGUCUCACACACCAUCAACAGGUACAACAAUCUGGCCGAGCCUCUUCAGAACCGAAGGGACACCCUGGAGGCCUGGCAGGUCCUGUUCCAGUUCUACAGAGACGUGGAGGAUGAGGUGUCCUGGCUGGGGGACAGAAUGCCCUCCAUCACCGCCAAAGACUGGGGGAGCUCGCUGAGCGGCACCCAGCAGCUGCUCCACAAACAUCAGGCUGUGACGCAGGAGAUCUCAGGCCGUGCCCCAUUGGUCCAGGCAGUCCAGGAGGCGGGGCAUAGUCUGGUCCGAGCUCGCCACUUUGCGUCUCACGACAUCAGAGAGCGUCUGGAAGAGCUGAAGAGUCUCCAUGAGGAGCUGCAGAGGGAGGCGGAGAGGAAGGGGAAGCUGCUGCAGGAGGCGCUUAGCAUCCACACCUUCCUCGGCGAGGUGUCUGAGCUCCAGCUGUGGAUGGAGGAGCAGCAGACAGGUUUGGAGUCUAAGGACUGUGGGAGGAGCGAGGAGGCGACGGAGGCUCUGCUGAGGAAGCUGGACUCGGUGGACGUGGAGCUGGAGAACCAGAGGAGGAAGGUGGAGAGACUGCAGGAGGGCGGAGCCUCUCUGCAGCACCUCGGACAUCCCAACAGCCACCUGGUCUCUGAGUCCCUCCCUGACAUCCUGGAACGCUUCGAGACGCUCCUCCGACUCUCUGCCGCUCGUCGAGCUGCUCUAGAGGACCAGUUCCGCCUCUAUGUGUUUGAGAGAGAAGCCAAAGAACUACAAACAUGGCUGACCUCAAAGAAGACCCUUUCAGAGUCCAAAGACAUCGGACAAGACCUGGAGGAUGUAGAGGUUCUCCAGAAGAAGCUGGAGGUCCUGGUGUCUGAGAUGUCCGGUCUAGGUCGCAGUCGGCUGACCUCCGUGCAGCAGCUGUGCAGAGGCCUGCAGCAGGACGAUCAGGCCAGGAGGAGGGACGACGCCCUCAGCAGCCUGUGGGAGGACCUGAACAGCAGCAUCAGGACCAGGGAGCAGGAUCUGCAGUCGGCGAGGGAGGUUCAUCAGUUUAAUCACGAUGUGGACGAGCUGAAGGGCUGGAUGGCCGAGAAGGAGGCUGUGCUGGACUCGGAGGACCAGGAGCACGACCUGCACUCCAUCCAGACUCUGCUGAGACAACACGAGGCCCUGGAGAGGGACCUGGCUCUGAUCUCAGAGGAGGUGAAGAGGAGCAGAGAGGAGAGCCGGUCUCUGAGCAGACGUCAGCCUCAGGCCCGACCCGCUGUGACUCAGAGGCUGGAGGAGCUGGAGGUCUGCUGGACCAAAAUCCAGGACAAGGCCUCUCAACGCCGGGCCAGGCUGGGCCAGGCUGAAGACGUGCAGAAAUACUUAUCAACCCUGACUGAACUUGUGGCCUGGCUGAAGAAGAUGCUCUCUUUGGUGCGAGGAGAAGCUCUCAGCGUGGAGGGAGCAGACCUGGAGCAGCUCAUCAAAAAACACGAGGAGUACCGCAUCCAGAUGGACCGACAGCUCAGCAAAUCCCAGGCCGUGAAAGAGGAGGGGAGGCGUCUGAUAGAGGAUGGGAACUUCAUGUCCAAAGAGGUGGAGGAGCGAGUGUUUGAGCUGGAGGAGCUGGAGGUGCAGCUGCAGAAGGUCUGGGAGGAAACGAAGCUGCUGUACGAGGAGGAGCUGGAGAUCGCGCUCCUGCAGAGGGAGCUGGAGCAGGCGGAGCGCUGGCUGAGCUCCUACGAAAACACGCUGAUGGCCGAGGACUACGGGGACUCUGUGUCAGACGUCAUGGAGCUCCUGAAGAGGCAGGAGGACUUGGAGGCCAUGAUUCAGGCGCAGAGCGACCGCUUCAUCGCGCUGCAGAAGAAGAAGACACAGAGGGAGAGGAGGCUGAACCUUCAUGGCACUGAGGAUCUGGACCACGAGGACAGGAAACCUCCAGCCAGGGUUUCGUCUCUGAUGAGGAAACCUUCAGAUCCACACACCCCGAGGAUCUCCCCCAGAGACGUCAUCCGUAGAGUCAGCAGCGGCAGGACGGACAGAGCGACCCGACCCUCUGUGCUGGACAGGAAAACCAGUCUCACAGCUUCGGCUACUUCUACACCCGGUCCCUCGCUCCACCCGGACUUGGACUCAGGGAGACGCUUCAGUGCCAGGAAGAAGACCGAAGAGGAGUCCAGCAGCUCCUCUGAUAGUCCCAGCUCAAGCCCGACUCUGAAGUCCAGGAGAAGUCGAUCCAGGCGCUCCGUGUCUCCAAAACGUCCUCAGUCUACUCCGCCUAAACCUCCCUCCGCCCCUCAAACCUCCGUCACCUCUCCAUCCAAACAUUCCCCUGAGGACGAGCCUCGUCCCAGACCCAGAUCCAAACCUCCUCUAGCUCCAAAACCUAGAAUCCCCUCUCCAGACCGCCCCUCUACACCACCUGACUCUCCUCCACCAAUCAGAGCUCUCGUUGCUCCCACUAACCCUCCUCCUCCUCCUCCAUCUGUCGCGAAGAGAUCCUCUCUUCCUCCAUCACCACCUUCUCCAAGAAAACACCUUCCUGAUUCUCCACCUGACGCCCCGCCUGCUGCUCCAAUCACAGAGGAGGACCCGGCAUCAGCUGACCUCGCUCCUCCAAUCAGAGAGCUGCUUCCGUCUCCUCCACAGCGACGGAGGAGGUUAGAGGAUCUCCCAGAGGAGGAGCCCGGCCUGCCCAGCUCCAAACCAGAACCAGAACCAGAACCAGAGGUAAAAACAGCUCAGCCAAUCAGGAUGGAGGGGACGCUGGAGAUCAAACUGAAACAAGGAGGGAGCAAGGGUCAGGAGCACUGGGAGGAAGUGUUUGCUGUCCUGGAGAGAGAGACGUUCAGCCUGUUCAACGACAGAGCAGCUGCUGCAGAGAGGACCUCUAGGUGGCCUCCUAUCAGCAUGGUUGGAGCAGUUUGCAGAGAGAACGUUUACUACAGGAGGAAGGAGCACACCUUCAAACUCAUACCGGAGGAUGGCAGCCAGUACCUGUUUGCAGCAUCCAGCAGAGACCUCCAGCUGCUCUGGAUAAAGAAACUCCAGAACGUCCCUGAAUCUGCCAGCAGCGACUCAGACGACUCAGGAAGAGCGUCUUCAGUCAACCUGAGUCUGGAGAAGUUGGCCGAGGCUCCGGACGAGCCGUCCUCGCCCCGGAGACCCGAGAGCCUGGAGAGACAGUCGUCCGCCGAGGGGACGCCUCCUCCGAAACCCCCCCACACGUACUACAACAGACACCGCUUCCACGAGGACGAGGAGGACCGGACCUCAGGAACUCUGAGCCAUCAAGUCCAGCCCCCUUCUGCAUCUCCUCCUCCGCCUCAGGACGCCCCCAUGGCGUCUGACGACAACCUGAGCAAGUCCAGGAGGAAUGUCUUCAGGAAGUUCUUCAACAAGAAGUAGAACGUUUGGACUUAAUGACCCGACCUGAGGACAGAGGAGCGGGUCCUGGAGCCUUAUCCUUAAAUUCAAAGUGCUUUAUUCAACGUGUUCACAAAGUGCUCUACAGGAAAUACACAGGACAUAUAAUCUCAAUCAUUCUUCACUUUAAUCAAACAUUUAAACCCUCAAUCCAAAGUCCAGGUUUACUUGAUUUAACAUUUUUCAUUAGCUGUCAUUUAAUCCUCAAAACACUGACUUCCUGUCGCAGCAGGAGUUAAAGUCCUAGGCCUUAACCUAGUCUGCUCUAACGUGGACGAGUCAGACCGGUCAGGGUGUCCAUGCUGAAACCCUGUCCUCCUCUGAAAGCUCCUACGAUGGAGGAGGACCACCUAGAUCUCAGUCCAGUCCAGGAUCUGAAGGACGAGCGUAGUCUGAUUCAGGACUUAAAGGAUCUGCUGCUGACGUCUCAGAUACCUCAGAUACUCUGACUCCAAAUGUGCCGCAUGUCAACGCCCACUGUGAGGAUAUUUUGGCUUCUGUUUUGUGCAAGAGGAUGAGGAGACACGCCGUCCAUCUUUUUAUCAACGGCAGAAAAAGAAAGAACAGUCUUGCAGAUCUCUGUCCAGACUUCUGCACCAAAGCUCCACGUUGGAUGGAUGUGGAUCAGCAGGAGAUCUCCCUCUGCUGAAACAUCCUCCCUCACGUUCAUCAAGCCCUGAUGACCUAAAACUGUUUGAAGUGACUCCAUGUGAAGAGUUUUCCUGUAAAAUACGACAAUCCAAACAAAUUUGCGACAUUUAGGGAGCAGAAAAGCGUCCUGCAGAUAUCGAUGCUCGGUGUUUUCACAGAUCUUCAAAAGGAUGAACUUCCACUAAUGAUUCUGUGUUUUUGUUUAUUUAUUAAUGAGGAGAGAAAUCCAAACAUCUUCAGACUCAUCCUCUCCUCCAUUCAAUCAGAUCAAUCAGCCAAUCAUUAAACCACGGCGUCACAUUAAGACCUCAGAGUUCAAAUUAAAGUCAUUGAGGUGUUUGAGAGAGCGUCUUUCAGAGGAACAGAUCCUGAAUCAUAAACAUGUUUCUGCUCGUCACACCAACACAGUCUCAGUUAUGUGUCAUUAAACUUCCUGUAUUGAUGAUAAUCUGCUUAAUUUGAUUGAUUCUGUAACGUCUUUAGAUUAAAGACUUCCACGUGUCAGCGCUGACUUCCUCAUCCUC